AUGAGACUCCGAACCUGCCUCCUAGGGCUCCUUGCUCUCUGUGUCGCCAGCAAAUGCAGUUACAGCCCGGAGCCAGACCAGCAGCGGACGCUGCCCCCAGGCUGGGUGUCCCUGGGCCGUGUAGAUUCUGAGGAAGAGCUGAGUCUCACCUUUGCCCUGAGACAGCAGAACGUGGAAAGAUUGUCCAAGCUGGUACAGGCUGUGUCGGAUCCUGGCUCUCCUCAUUAUGGAAAAUACCUGACCCUAGAGGAUGUGGCUGAACUGGUCCGGCCAUCACCACUGACCUUCCGCACAGUCCAAAAAUGGCUCUCAGCAGCUGGAGCCCGGAACUGCCACUCGGUGACCACACAAGACUUUCUGACUUGCUGGCUGAGUGUCCGACAGGCAGAACUGCUCCUCUCUGGGGCUGAGUUUCAUCGCUAUGUGGGGGGACCUACAGAGAUCCAUGUUAUAAGGUCCCUACGUCCAUACCAGCUCCCGAAGGCCUUGGCCCCUCAUGUGGACUUUGUGGGCGGGCUGCACCGCUUCCCCCCCACAUCAUCCCUGAGGCAACGCCCUGAGCCACAAGUGUCAGGGACUGUUGGCCUGCACCUGGGGGUGACCCCAUCUGUGAUCCGUCAGCGAUACAACUUGACAGCACAAGAUGUGGGCUCUGGCACAACCAACAACAGCCAAGCCUGUGCCCAGUUCCUGGAGCAGUAUUUCCAUGCGUCAGACCUGGCUGAAUUCAUGCGCCUCUUUGGUGGGAACUUUGCACACCAGGCAUCGGUAGCCCGUGUAGUUGGACAGCAGGGCCGGGGCCGGGCUGGGAUCGAGGCCAGUCUAGAUGUGGAGUACCUGAUGAGUGCCGGUGCCAACAUCUCCACCUGGGUCUACAGUAGCCCUGGCCGGCAUGAGUCACAGGAGCCCUUCCUGCAGUGGCUCCUGCUGCUCAGUAAUGAGUCAGCCCUGCCACAUGUGCACACUGUGAGCUAUGGAGAUGACGAGGACUCCCUCAGCAGCGCCUACAUCCAGCGGGUCAACACUGAGUUCAUGAAGGCAGCCGCUCGGGGUCUGACCCUGCUCUUUGCCUCAGGUGACAGUGGGGCUGGGUGUUGGUCUGUCUCUAGAAGACACCAGUUCCGUCCCAGCUUCCCUGCCUCCAGCCCCUAUGUCACCACGGUGGGAGGCACAUCCUUCCAGAAUCCAUUUCGAGUCACAACUGAGAUUGUUGACUAUAUCAGUGGUGGCGGCUUCAGCAAUGUGUUCCCACAGCCUUCAUACCAGGAGGAAGCUGUGGCCCAGUUCCUGAGCUCCAGUCCCCACCUACCACCAUCUAGUUAUUUCAAUGCCAGUGGCCGUGCCUAUCCAGACGUGGCUGCACUCUCCGAUGGCUACUGGGUGGUCAGUAACAGCGUGCCCAUUCCAUGGGUGUCUGGCACCUCGGCUUCUACUCCAGUGUUUGGUGGGAUCCUAUCCCUGAUAAAUGAACAUAGACUCCUCAGUGGCCUCCCUCCUCUUGGCUUUCUCAACCCAAGGCUCUACCAGCAGCGUGGGGCAGGACUCUUUGAUGUAACCCGUGGCUGCCAUGAAUCCUGUCUGAAUGAAGAGGUGCAGGGUCAGGGGUUCUGCUCUGGCCCUGGCUGGGAUCCUGUGACAGGCUGGGGAACACCCAACUUCCCAGCUCUGCUGAAGGCACUAAUCAAACCUUGA